AUGGUAUUUGAUAAUAAAUCCAAUGUUUCAUUCCCUGAAAGUGAAUGCUGUGAUUCUGAGAACUCCGAUGACAGUGAUAAAGAAAAUGAACUUACACCUGAAUGGAAUGUAAGAAUUCAAUUAUUCGACAAUUGGAUGCUCAUUGUCGAUAGCGAUGAAGAAUCCACAAGGUUAGUUUUACCAAUUUGGAAAUUUUGUGUUAUCACUUUACUCAAGGUAGCCACGACAGAUGCAAAAAUGGUGAUCAAUUUUCCAAGAAAAGACGGUUCUAUGUUUCCCGAAAACGGAAGACCUGGAACAAUAACGGAUAAAGCAGGAGAUUUCGUCGCUGAAAGUGAUGUUAUCAUACUGUCUUCUCCUCCAAACCAUUUCCAAGAUUAUUUAAAAGCCAUGAAGAAAUACAUUAAAAAGAGAACGGUUAUCAUCGGUGUACCUGGCAGAUCAGGUUUUGAAUAUCAGUGCCGGACAAGUCUGGAAGAGCUUGGUGAACAAUGUACCAUCGUUAACUUAGAGACGUGUCCUUGGGUAUGCGAACAAGUCAAAUUUGGUUCUCAAAUUGAUGUCAAGGUGACAGUAGCAUCGAUCGUAACCUCUACUCUGUUCGGGACAUCUCCCCCGAAACGUGGGCCACUGUCAAUUUUGCAGUUAAUACUUGGCGGUGAUUGUGCUCUUCAAAAUUCUCUUAACUUUAUGUCUGUACUCCUGUCGCCCUUCGUAUAUCUCGAAUGCUGUCUUUUGUUUGGAAGAUGGAGUGAAUGGGACGAAAAGCCGCUGGAAAGUGAACUGGGAUUAUUCGAAGACGUCAGCGAAAAGACAGCCGAAAUGAUUUCAAAGUGUUCUAAUGAAUGUUCUAAAAUUAUCCAGGCUAUAAAAACAGGCAAACCAGAAUUGAAAAUCAACGACUAUAAAGGAAUAGAAGAAUGGUUUGCCGGAUUUAAAGACUGCAUUGGAGACAGCAGUAGCUUACUGACAACAUUGAAAACUUGUAAGAUAUGGGGAGACAUUAAGCACCCAAUGAAAAAAGAUAGGAAAAAGUCAGAAUACACACCAGAUUUAGAAGAGCGAAUCUCAGAAUAUUUAUCGUAUGGUUUAAUUGUAAUUCGAGGUGUGGCUGAAAUUCUUCAGCAAGAAACGCCCGUGAUUGACAAAUUGAUAACUUGGUGCCAGACAAAAAGCAAAAAGAAUUACAUGAAGGACGGUAAAGUGUUAACAGACAAAAACAUUCAGAACACAUCCUGCCCUCAGAAGUUUAAGUUCAGCACACUUAACGAAAUCCUUUUUGUAAAAGCGUUACCGACAGAUAUAGAACUUUGA